AUGCGCAUUCUCCAUUUCCCUGAGCAAAAGCACUCGACAGACAAGCAGAGCAGUAUCGGCGCACAAACUGAUGUCGAAUGCUUUACCAUUGUUACUCAAGAAUCUUCUGGCGGUUUGGAAGUUCUCAGCAAAUCCGGCAACUGGGCCAAGACGGAUCCCAUCCCCGGCGCAUUCGUUGUCAACAUUGCCGACUGCUUCAUGAGAUGGACAGAUGACUUCUACGUGUCAACGAUCCACAAGGUCAUCAAUAAGAGUGGGAAUGAGAGUGAGAGCAAUCCUGUGAAGUACUCCAUCAUUACUGGGGGAGAAUAUUAUGCCUGGCGCUUGAAGAGGCAGAGAAGUAGCGGAGUUUCGACCUCAAACAAAUCAGAUGAGACUUAUAUAUUCUCAGGAUCCGAAGAAAUAUUCAAAGGCUCUUUAGACCACGACGGGCAGGUUCAGAACACGGGAUUCCUUGCGAUUGAAGCAAACAACAUCAACUCAAUCGCUCCUCAUAACAAUCACUACUUCAUCAUGCAUCUCAAGACAGCAACCAUCUUGUUCGCCCUGUCUAGCACAGUCUUGGCUGAAUAUAUCACCGCCUUCCACGCCAGCUGUUCACCAGCACCACCUGCCGCGUACAAUGACAGCCUGCGCAACUGGAGGCAGAGAAUCUGUGAGACGGAGUUGAAGGGGAGCUACUACGACGAGGACAACCAGUGCCAGGUGGUGGAUCCCGUUACUGCGGACACCAAAAAGGUCUACCACCCAACCCUUGGCGCAGCAGGUCAGCCCAACAUUAAGACGAGAUGCACCUGGAUCCCGCUCGGCACGGGUGUAAAGCUCCGAUGCACUCUCACCGGGCGAAACUGUUGUGAUGAUCUCAAGGUUACAUCACCGUACUUGAGACAGCGUUUACCACUAGCAACCAAUAGACUUGAAGUUCUAACCGAUGCUUUACAUGGCAGAGAAGUGGCAGGCAUCGACGAUACUACAAUUUUUCUGAAAGCUUACAUGCUGAAUGGGUCCGUCAAACUGUUCCACUCGACCGUCUAUUAUGACGUUUCACAGACAAAAUCGGUCACCGGUUGA